GAAAGGUCGCUUGGAGGAGGGCCAGUGUGGGAGGCGCAGAGUUCAUAUAUUUCCGCUCCUGACAGGGUGUGGAUUGAAACCUACCUGGCCAGCUGUUAGGAGCAACUCUGAAGGCAAGAAGACAGUCAUCAGAUUCACAAUGGACUCUCUCAUCGCAGCAAAUACCAAGUUUUGCUUUGAUCUGUUCCAAAAGAUCAGCACAGAUGACUGUCGGAAGAACAUCUUCUUCUGCCCGCUGAGCCUCUCGGCCGCGCUCGGCAUGGUCCGCCUGGGGGCCAGGAGCGGCAGCGCGCGCCAGAUCGACCAGGUACUGCACUUCAGCGAAUUUUCCCAGAAUAAAGGGAACAAGCCGGAUCCCUGCCUGAAAAAAGCAGAGCAAGAAGGGCCUGGCGACAGCAACCUGGAAGGGCAGAAGGACGUGACUGGGUCCCUGACGCUGCAGACCGAGUCUUCAAAGGAUGAGAGUGGACUGCUCAGCUGCUAUUUCGGGCAGCUUCUCUCCAAAUUAGCCAGGAUCAAAGUCGACUAUACCCUGAGUAUUGCCAACAGGCUUUACGGGGAGCGAGAAUUCCCAAUCUGCCCGGAAUACUUAGAUGGUGUGAUUCAAUUUUACCACACGACGGUCGAAAGUGUUGAUUUUCGGAAAGACACUGAAAAAUCCAGGCAAGAGAUUAACUUCUGGGUGGAAUCUCAAUCCCAAGGUAAAAUCAAGGAACUCUUCAGCAAGGACAGUAUCAACAAUAAGACUGUGCUGGUGCUAGUGAAUGCUGUCUACUUCAAGGCCAAAUGGGAGAAAUAUUUUGACUGCGAAAACACGGUUGAUGCCGUUUUCUCUCUAAGUGAGAGUGAAAAGAAGAACGUGAAGAUGAUGAACCAGAACGGGCUGUUCAGAAUCGGCUUCGUGGACGAGCUGAAGGCGCAGAUCUUGGAGCUUCCGUACACGAAGGGGAAGCUUGACAUGGUCGUGCUGCUGCCGUCCGGCUCUGCGGACAACCUGAAGGCUCUGGAAGAGCUUGAAAGGAAUAUCACUUACGAAAAACUCGCAGCCUGGAGCAGUUCAGAAAAUAUGUCAGAAAAAAGAGUAGCUGUCUCCUUCCCUCGGUUCACCCUGGAAGACAGCUAUGAUCUCAACCCUAUUCUACAAGACAUGGGCAUCACAGAUAUCUUUGAUGAAACGAAGGCUGACCUUACUGGAAUCUCUCCAAGUCCCAGUUUAUACCUGUCAAAAGUUGUCCAUAAAACCUUUGUGGAGGUGGAUGAAAAUGGUACCCAGGCAGUCGCAGCCAGUGGGGUUGUCGGCAUGGAAAAGUCCUCACUGUCCUGGGAGACAUUUAAUGCUAACCGCCCUUUUCUCUUUUUCAUCAGACACAACAAAACCCAAACCAUUCUCUUCUAUGGCAGGGUCUCACAGGCUUCCUGGUUCCUUGCCCUGUCGCCUCUGUCUUUCCAGAAACCAGGUCCCGCUGGAAUCAUCAUGGACUCGCUGCUCCCAGCAAGCGCUCGGUUGGGGUUGGAUCUUUUCAAAGACCUGAGUAAAACAGAUGAGGGCAACAUCUUGUUUUCCCCUGCGGGCAUCUCAACCACCAUUGGAAUGCUGCCCCCGGUGACCCGAGGAGCCGCCGCCACCCAGGAGCAGGAGGUGCCUUUCUUUGAAAAAGACACAGAAAGCUCAAGAAUCAAAGCUGAAGAAAAAGAGUUGGAGGCGACAGAAGAGAUGCAUCGCCAGCUCCAAAGGGUUUUGAGUGAGAUAAGCAAGCCCAGCGAUGAUUAUGAACUGAAAAUAGCCAACCGGCUGUUUGGAGAAAAGACAUACCUCUUCCUUCAAAAAUACUUAGAUUAUGUUGAAAAACAUUACCAUGCUUCUCUGGAACCUGUUGAUUUUGUAAACGCAGCAGAUGAAAGUCGAAAGAAGAUUAAUUCCUGGGUUGAAAGCCAAACAAAUGAAAAAAUCAAGGACCUGCUUCCAGACGGCUCUUUAAGCAGCUCCAUCAAGCUGGUGGUGGUGAACAUAAUUUAUUUUAAAGGGCAAUGGGACAGGGAGUUUAAGAAAGAAAAUACCAAGGAGGAGGAAUUUUGGCUGAAUAAGAGCACGAGCAAGUCUGUGCUGAUGAUGACACAGCGCCAGUCUUUUAGCUUCAAGACCCUGGAGGACGUGCCAGCCAAAAUUCUGGGCCUUCCGUAUCGAAACCAUGACCUCAGCAUGUUCUUGCUGCUGCCCAAUGACAUCGACGGUCUGGAGAAGAUUAUAGAUAAAAUAACUCCUGAGAAGUUAAUAGAGUGGACUAGCGUGGGGCGUAUGGAAGAGAGGGCCGUGGACUUGCACUUGCCCCGGUUCCGGGUGGCGGGCACUUACGACCUGGAAGCCACCUCCGCGGGGCUGCGCGCUGCCGGCCUCUCGGGGAGCCCCGAGGGCGCCGGGCUGCGCGCCCAGAGGCUGCUGCACAGGUCGGUGCUGGAGCUGACCGAGGCGGGCACGGAGGCUGCGGCCGCCACCGCAGUGGGCUUCGCCGUCACGCCGGCCCAGGACUGGGAACGUUUCCACUGCAAUCACCCUUUCCUGUUCUUCAUCAGGCACAACGAGUCCGACAGCGUCCUUUUCUUUGGCCGAUUUUCUUCUCCUUAGUGCAGUUCCUGCCUUGGCGUAAAGCAACCACCACCACCGCUGCCGGGGUGUUCGCAGGCUUAUGGAAAUACCCGCUCUUUAAAAAAUUGUUUUACUUGAAUUCCAGCCUUACCAUCAAAAUCAAUGAUUAAUGACUGCAGUAGUGCAUAUAUUUACAGCUUUUCCUGAAACGGAAAUGUUUUGCUUGUGACGUGCAGAUAGCAGGUCAAAUCAAGGCUCCUUAAUGACCUUCCACCGUCUUCCUGUAGGAGGUCAACGCCUUGUGCUUUGGUGCGCUAAUGGAGAGGAGCAGCCUCUUCGGUGAAGACUGUGGACUAGGGGUUUUGAGACGCCCACCGUUCUAAUAUUUUGGUAGAUUAUAAUACCGGAGUAAAAGAAAACAAAAAUUUAUAUUCA